ACCAGCGCUGCAGCACGUCGGAAAGACACUUUGGGUACAUUUCUGAGCUCCGCGGCCCGUUUCUGCACCGAAGUUGGCUCCAGCUCUAGCAGCCGCAUUGGAUCCCACAGCUUACUGCGAGACUCCGGUGUACAAUCCGGAUCUCUGCCCCAACAUGAUCGCGGCGCAGGCCAAGCUGGUCUACCAUCUGAAUAAAUACUACAAUGAAAAAUGCCAAGCCAGGAAAGCUGCCAUUGCCAAAACGAUCCGGGAAGUCUGCAAAGUAGUUUCCGACGUACUGAAGGAAGUGGAAGUGCAGGAGCCCCGGUUCAUUAGCUCCCUCAACGAGAUGGACAAUCGCUACGAGGGCCUGGAGGUCAUCUCCCCCACCGAAUUUGAGGUGGUGCUUUAUCUGAACCAAAUGGGGGUGUUCAACUUCGUGGACGACGGCUCGCUGCCCGGCUGCGCGGUGCUGAAGUUGAGCGACGGGCGCAAAAGGAGCAUGUCCCUCUGGGUGGAAUUCAUUACCGCCUCCGGCUAUCUCUCGGCGCGCAAAAUCCGGUCCAGAUUUCAGACGCUGGUGGCUCAGGCGGUAGACAAAUGUAGCUACAGGGAUGUGGUAAAGAUGGUGGCAGACACCAGCGAAGUGAAACUGAGAAUCCGAGAUAGGUACGUGGUGCAGAUCACCCCGGCUUUUAAAUGCACCGGGAUCUGGCCGAGGAGUGCUGCCCACUGGCCACUUCCCCACAUCCCCUGGCCGGGACCCAACCGGGUGGCGGAGGUCAAAGCGGAAGGGUUCAAUCUCUUGUCCAAGGAGUGCCACUCCCUGGCCGGCAAGCAGAGCUCGGCCGAGAGCGACGCCUGGGUGCUGCAGUUCGCGGAAGCGGAGAACAGACUGCAGAUGGGGGGUUGUAGAAAGAAAUGCCUCUCCAUCCUCAAAACCUUACGGGACCGGCACCUCGAACUGCCGGGCCAGCCCCUCAACAAUUACCACAUGAAGACUCUGGUUUCCUACGAGUGUGAAAAGCAUCCCCGGGAGUCGGACUGGGACGAGUCUUGCCUGGGCGAUCGGCUGAACGGGAUUUUGCUGCAACUCAUCUCCUGCCUGCAGUGCCGGCGGUGUCCCCACUACUUCCUACCGAACUUAGAUCUGUUUCAAGGCAAACCUCACUCGGCUCUGGAAAACGCUGCCAAACAAACGUGGCGACUGGCAAGAGAGAUCCUGACCAACCCGAAAAGUUUGGAAAAACUUUAGGGGAUGAUUUAAUCAAGAGCUGAAAUGAUUACUCGUCUCAAAGUCCUAAUUAAGUGUAAACUUCUUGUUCAAUUACUAUUUAAUAUUUCACUCGACAGCGCAAACAAUCUCUUCCUUAAAAAGGAAUAAUAAUACGACGUUUAGGCAUCAUCUCACCCACUC